UUUAUUUAUUUAUUAAUAUAUCUAAAGUGAAAUUCUGUGUGCUCAUCAAUGGCGGAAGAAGCCGGUUCAUCUUCGUCCACUUCCAACCAACUGCCACUAAUAAUCGAAAUCGAAGAUGAAGUUGAGGAAGAACUCUUAUACGGCGCCGGAUCGGGAUGGGUCCAGGCUCUUACUUCUUGCGAUCAUCUCGCUUCCUUAUCUUCCGACCUCGCUCACAUUCCGCCCCCUCAGACUCCCUGUAGCCAAUGCCAGAAUCCCAAGGAGAACUGGCUGUGUUUAUGCUGUAAGGAUGUCUUUUGUAGCCGUUUUGUGAAUAAGCACAUGCUUCAACAUUAUGAGCAAUCAACUCAUUGCCUUGCACUCAGCUACAGUGAUUUGUCAGUUUGGUGUUUCUCCUGCGAUGCAUAUUUGGAUGCACAAGUGAUUCAGGAAUUACGACCAGUACACGAAGUUGCCUACAUACUGAAAUUUGGCGAGGUCCCACCCUUUCGAUAGUAUUAAUUAUCCUGCACUGGGGGAACUGAAAUAUCUGAUUAUUAGUGUUAUAACUUUUCUAGUCUCUCCAUAUUAGGUGUUUUGAUUUCUUGGUUUGUACAUUUCGAGCAAAUGGCUUAUGAUCUGCACAUGAAUUGGGUUGGGUUGUCAUGUUCACGGUAAGUUGUUGGUUCACUUUACAGAAGUGAGGUAUAGAUUAGAAUCUCAUAUCUUGUUCAAGAAAAUCAUACGAAGCUUUUACUUGAAACUGAUGAACUUCUUGUUUCAAACCUUGAUGAUAACAUGAAUGAAAUUGGUUCCCCAUUUUUGUCA